UGCAGAAAGCUCCCGGUGCUGCACAUCUUCGGGCAACAGCCCCUGGACAUCGGGCGUUGCGCAGAAGCUUUCCGGGAGCUCUACCCCAACCGGCAGAGCCGUGUGGUGGUGCUGAGCGAUGUGGUCUAUGCCCAUGCGAUGGAUGACCUGGAGCAGCAGUUGUGCCCGGAGUACCCCGAUAUCAUCUUCUCCAGAGUAGUGUGUGGGGACGCUCCUGGCCCCACACCACCUGGGGAGGUGCGGCAGUUUGGUCGCCAGUUCCAGGUGAAGACACCAGGGGGGCUGCAGGACUAUGCCAUGUUCUACGUGGGAGCCGAGGGCCUGGCCCUCACUAACUUCAUGCUAAGUUCCCCCCGGGCUGGGGGGAAGCCAACCCCCGCCAAGCUGGCCAACUUCUUGGAGGUGGACAUCUUUGUCCUCGUGGCCUGUGCUCAGAACUCCCUGCUGGACUCCAGUGACUUCUACCGGCCUGUUGUGACCCCUUAUGAGCUGGAGCUGGCCUGUAACCCAGCCCGUGAAUGGACAGGGAACUACCUCACUGACUUCAGAGACCUGCUGCCAGCCCGGCUGCCCCCUGCCCCCGCCCUGGCCUGCAGGGACCAGACGCGGGCCCUCGCGGAGAUCAGCCCUGCUGCCUCCUUCCUGGAGUCCCGCAGCUGGCGGGGCCUGGAGCAGCAGCUGGGGCAGACACCCAUCUCCAAGGCUGUGCAGGGCCGACGAGGGAUUGCCAUUGCCUAUGAGGACGAGGGGCGUGAGCAACCCUGA